GACAUUUUUGCUCGACAUUUAUUUUCAAGUGUCCUCAUGAAGAGAGCAGACCUGGAAAAUAUCAGCCAAAAACUUUUCCCUACACAAAAUGGAAAUGUCGCUAUAGUGACGGGAGGUGCUAAAGGAAUUGGUUAUCAUACUGUGAAGCAUUUGGCAAGACUUGGCAUGCAUGUUAUACUAGCUGGAAACGAUGAAAGUGAAGGCCAAGAAGCUGUGAGGAAGAUAAAAGAAGAAACUGUGAAUGGAAAAGUGGAGUUUUUACAUUGUGAUUUGGCUUCAAUGAAGUCCAUACGGCAAUUUGUGCAACAGUUUAGAGCAAAGAAUUGUCCACUCCACGUCUUGGUGAAUAAUGCUGGGGUGAUGCUGGUCCCUGAAAGGAAAACAGAGGAUGGAUUUGAGGAGCACUUUGGCUUGAACUACUUGGGACAUUUCCUGUUGACUAACCUUCUCCUGGAAACACUGAAGCAAUCAGGAACUCGCAGUCGCAAUGCUAGAGUCAUCACUGUCUCAUCAGCCACGCAUUAUGUAGGGAGAUUGCACCUUAAUGAUUUACAAAGCAGGUACAAAUAUCUUUUUUCUGUUUGCACUGGCCUGCCAUAAGACUGCAUAGAUUAGAGUCAAUGUAAAUUGUCAUUUAAUGUCAGCUGUGAUUUUCGUUAACCAGAGGCUCAAAUAAUUGCUGAUACCAUUAACUUUCAUAAUGCUGUGAUAGUUCUUGGCUUGUGCAACCCUUCCAGUCAUGUACCGGAAGGAAAAAUAGCAUAUAAACACAUUUAUAAAUUAAGCCUGUUUUACAUUAGGCCUUGAAAAUCUUUCGGCUCAUUUCAGUUGUUAUAUAGUUGUGAUGAAUGUGGUAUAAAAAACAUUAGACUGACUCCAUAAUCAGGGCAUACAGGAUUCUAUGCAACUGGGGCGUUGUAAAAUGGCAUAGAUAAAUACUAACAGAUUCUGGAUUUAGGUAAUUGUCCUGCAACCAGAUCCACAGGCAGAUGCUGGCACAGAGCCCCAUCGUAAUUCCCCUCCAGAGUAACACACCACUGUUGUGGUAUGCGAGAGCCAUUCUUAGCUUAAAGGGUUUCAGUGCUUCUGGACUACUGAAACUUUAUGAUUUGCCAAAGCCAGCCACUCCUGCCUGCCUGGCUGGCUGGCUGGCUUUUAGCUUCUCCUCCACCCACACACUGUCUGCCUCUUCUUCCUUGGCAGCUCCACUGGCUGGCACACAGGUCUUCUCUAACUAGCCAGAAGCACUCUGUAUAAGCUUCUCCUCAGAAACCCUGCCAGCUGGCUGCCACUGCAUCAUGUUGCAGAUGGCAUUCCUCCUCCUCAGGUACCAUAACCCAGCCCCCUGCCUGCUUCUCCUGCUUUCCACCACAGCUAGCGUACUAUAUCCCAGCUAAGUCUUUUGUCCACCCUGCCUAUUUGCCUUUUCCCUAAGUGUACAUCUACAGCUGCUGCCCAGCUGCUCCUGCUCUCUCUCCAUUGUCCUCCAGCUACACAGUACUCCCGCACACUGUGCCAGCUUUCCCUGUUCUGCUUGCAGCCUUACUGAUCAGCCCCUGUUACUGACUGCAACCAUCUACCCAUACCCCAAUAUACCAGCUAUGCCCCUUUGCCUGCCUCCUAGCUUUGUCACCUCCAUGUCUUCUGAACUUUCAAAAAAUGUUGACUGAUUAAGGGGUUAACAGAAUCCAAACGCAUAUUAAUGCCUUUUUUUAAGCUGGGCAAAGGUGCUGCAUAGCACCAUUUUUCCAAAUAGUCGACUCUGUUUUCUCUUUUGUGCAAGAAAAUACAAAUCUUUAUGCUAAGUAAAACAGGGCUGCUUGUAUCAUAAGUAACUGCCUAAAAUUGUUUAAUUAAUUUUGAGAAAGAGAGAACUGUGUUUCCAAGCACGAUUUACUAACUAAUUCAAAUGGUUUUAACCUUGCAGUCAAAGUCAUAGAGUUUCAGCUAGUUUCAGUAUGAAACCAAGCAUUUCACAUAAUUCCCACCAAGUCAGAUUUCAUUCCCUGUGGUCCUUGAGGCACCUGGUCUGAGUUUUCAUUUGAGAAUGAAACCUUAAUCAAGAAGGCUAGUGUCUUUUAUUGGACUCUUUCACAUAUGAACACCACAUUAAACUUGUCAAGACUUCCUAUCUGAUUUUAUUCUAGGCUAUCCAUUUCAUCACAAGUAUAUUGCAUAAUCUCUGCAGAGCAAUUGUAAUUCAUUGUCUAUGA